CCUGGCCCCGCCCCGGAGCAGCCGGGCCGCCUCCGCUGCACCAUGGCCGGUGGGCCCGGGCGGCUGCUUUCCCUGGCCCUGGGCUGCCUGGCCGCCUUGGCCGCUCUGGCGGAGCAGCAGCCGCUGCGCUUCAAGCCGGCCCCGGCCCCCACCCCCGUGCGGCUCUUCACCGAGUCCGAGCUCGCCAGAUACAGCGGGCAGGAGGAGGGCCAGCCUAUUUACAUGGCCGUGAAGGGAGUAGUAUUUGAUGUCACUUCUGGAAAAGAAUUUUAUGGGAAAGGUGCACCAUACAACGCCCUCGUUGGGAAGGACUCAACACGAGGCGUUGCAAAGAUGUCACUUGACCCAGAAGACCUCACUCAUGACACAACAGGACUCACGGAAGAAGAGCUAAAAUCCCUGGAUGAUAUCUUCAAUGAUGUGUACAAAACCAAAUAUCCUAUUGUUGGCUACACUUCUCGAAGAAUUUUGAAUGAGGAUGGCAGCCCCAAUCAGAACUUUAAACCUGAGGAUCAGCCACAUUUCAGCAUUAGAGAUGAAUUUUGAUGAAGGAUUUAGCAUCCUGAAAAUCCUCAGAUGGACAUUGUAGAACACUGUAUGACUGGGAAACAUUGACUAUUUCUAAGGCAGAAGAACAUUUUCUAUGAAUUAUGUAUCUUUUGUAUUUUUGUUAUCCGUCCUCCCGUCCAAAGAGAAUAAUAGCUGAUUAUUAGUGUAGUGAAUUCCUUCAAGUAGUGAACCAAAUAAAAUUUAAUCAGUGGCACAUAUCUGUGGAUUGGAGGGAAUUAUUUCAAUAAAAUUCUCACUGCCACUAUCUUGAUUUCUCUUUUUUAAUAUAAAAAGAAAAAUUGGAUAACUAAAGACUCAUUCCCUAAAGGGGAGAAAGUGUCCUUUAAUAGCUGAAUCAUGAGAUUAGGGGUUUUGUCAUUUCUGGGUUCUGUUCCCUGUUCUGCUGCAAACUUGCUGUAUUACGUGAGUCACCUUACUUCACUUCUCCAUGCCUCAGUUUCUCCAUCAGUAAAAUAGGUGUAAUAAGGCUUCUUAUCUCAGAGGAGUGGUGUGGGGCUUAAUAUUCAUCCUCUUUGAUUACAGUGGAUAUAUAAAUGCUGAUUUCCUGAAAUGUACUUAAAUGCUGUAUAUUUAUUUAAAGCCCAGUGUUAUAAAACAAAGAAGAUUUUUCUUCUGGGAAAUGUAAUAUUGAAUUACCUUUUGAUUCGAUAUAGGCUAUGGCUACAAUCAAUAGCUCACAGCAGCGCCGCUGCAAGAUCUCUAGUGGAGCUGCUCUACACUGACAGGAAAGAGGUCUCCCAUCGCCUUAAAUAAUCCACCCCCAACAAGUGGCGGCGGCAGCUAUGUUGGCAGGAGAAGUUCUCCUGCCAACAUAGCGCUGUCCACAUCAGCACAUAGGUGGGUGUAACUUAUUUCAAUCAGGGCGGUGGCUUAUUCACACCCCUGAGUGGCAUAAGUUACACCGACAUAAGUGGUAGUGUAGACAUGGCCUAAAUCACUCUUAUUGCAGUAGUUUUGUCAAAAUAGCACUUUUUUGUAAUACAUUUACAUGGGUUUGUCAUUUAAAAUUUAGGUCAUGAUGGUUCCUUAGUAUCCUCAACUCCUAAUUCCCACAAACCAAGAGAAAUUAUAACCUAGGAUCUAUGGUUAUUAUAAAGUCUUUGUUCACAUAUUUUAAAAUGUAAGUUUACUGUGAUUAUUUCAGUCUGACCAGAAUAUUCCCAGCUUCUUUAUGUUGUCAAUUAAACUCUGGCUGACUCUACACAUAGGCGCGGGAACUAAGGGUGCUGCCACAGCCCCUGGUUUGAAGUAGUUAUCAUAUGCAGGCUUUAUAGUUUGGUUCAAGGGCUCUCAGCACCCCCGUACACAAAUUGUUCUAGCACCCUUGUCUACCGGUGCUUUUUCCAUUUUUAAUCUGUAUCAGGUUCUCUGCACUAUUACUUUUUCUAGCUUGAUCGUUGCCACUCCAGUUCCCUUGAAAGGUGUGUGUGUGUGUGUGUUCUUUUUCUGUUUAACCUAAUUUACAACUCCAGGUCCUGCUGGGGAGAAAAUAAGUCCUCUCCUCUGUCAGAUUUCUCUUGGCAGUCUUUCAGGCUGCUUUUAAUUUACAUAGCAACCGGAGAACAUUAAAUGCUUGUGCUAUACCAAGUGCUGCUAACUACUGACUUCCACUAACUGAAGUCAAAUGCUAACUGUCAUGUAUGCAGAUUUACCUGCCACCAUGACAGUUUGAAUUAGCAUUGAGAAACUGAGCAGCUGCUUCCAAUUUCUGAAAGAUAAUUUGCUUCAUUAUGUUAACCUCCUGGCUGCUUUCUUUCAAAGAGUAAAUGAUUAAAUCAUUUAUUCUCCCUCUCCUGGGAUCUGUACACUGUAUAGCAUAUUGUGGGAGAAGGACAAUUGUCUGAUAAAAGAAAACUUUUUUUUUAAUUAUCCCUUUCAUAACAUCAUUGAUAUUUACUCUAAAUGUGCUUUGUACCUUAAGCCACUUUCUUCCCUUAUAGCCAUUCAGCAGUAUAGUGUAAGAGGUUAAAGCAAGGGAUUCCUGGUGUUUACACACCGCCACCAAGUUUCUGUGUACCUGAGGUUACCUGUGCCACUUAACUGCAUCACAAAGUUCUAAUUAAUAAAUGUUUGUAUUUAAAGCUA